GCUUGCGGCCGGCCGGCAUGGCGCUCUUCCACGUCGCGCGGUACGCGGGCCCCGAGGCGGCCGGGGCGGAGGCCGGCGCGGACGGCCGGGCGCGCGCGCUGCUGGAGCGGCUGCAGUGCCGGGCCCGAGAGCGGCAGCGGCAAAAGCAGCCGCCGCAGCGGGAGCCCGCGCAGACUUCGGAGGCGGCGGGGCGGCGGCGGCGGCGGCCGCGCAGACCGCGGAGGCGCGAGUGCGGCGGGGCGUGGGGGAGCCCGCACGCGCCGCGGGGCAAGCGGCGGAAAUCGGACGGCGAGGACGCGGGCGCAGGUGGGGCCGGGCCGGGCGGGACCCGGGUCCGCGGCGGGGCGGGCGGUGUCGCUCAUGCGCCGCCCGCGCCCGCUUGCCGCGCAGGGAGCAGCGAGGAGGCUCCGGGGGAGAGGAGCGCCGGCGCCCCGGCCGCGGGGCCGCCCGGGGACUCAGGAGAACGGCCCCCCGAAGAGGCCUCGGGGCCUCCAGCCCACGCCCUGCUGCUCGGGGGCUAUGAGAGAAGCAGGGCGCCGAAGGUCCAGCCUUUCCUGCCCUCGUGGUUGGCUAAGCCAAGCUGUGUCGGAAAGAGUGUCACUGAAGACUUGGUGCCCAUCGAUGACAUCCCUGCCGUCCACCCUGACAUGCGGAAGAGGCUGCAGGCACAGGGCAUCUCGUCCUACUUCCCAGUCCAGGCCGCGGUGAUUCCUGCUCUCCUGGAGAGCACAGCCAGCGGGUUUCUGGUGGCCAGAGGUGGCUACCGGCCCAGUGACCUUUGUGUUUCUGCCCCAACGGGCAGCGGGAAGACUCUGGCUUUCGUCAUUCCCGUGGUACAGGCCCUGCUGUGUCGAGCUGUGUGCCAGGUCCGAGCCUUGGUCGUGCUGCCCACCAAGGAGCUGGCCCAGCAGGUGAGCAAAGUGUUCAACAUCUACACGGAUGCCACUCCUCUGCGGGUCGCCCUGAUCACCGGGCAGAAGUCACUGGUCAAGGAGCAGGAGAGUCUCGUUCAGAAGACGGCAGACGGCUUCCGCUGCGUGGCUGACGUGGUGGUGGCCACGCCUGGCCGCCUGGUGGACCACAUCGACCAGACCCCGGGUUUCAGCCUCCAGCAUCUCCGCUUCCUGAUCAUCGACGAGGCCGACCGCAUGAUCGACAGCAUGCACCAGUCCUGGCUGCCCCGGGUGGUGGAGGCGGCCUUCCCGAGGGAUGGCGCCGAGGACCCCUGUGCCCUGCUCCAGAGGAGGCAGCUCCGGGCCACCACCGCCGCCAGCACCUGCUGUCCUCAGCUGCCGCUGCAGAAGCUGCUCUUCUCGGCCACCCUGACACAGAACCCCGAGAAGCUGCAGCAGCUGGGCCUCCACCAGCCCUGCCUCUUCUCCGCGGGGCUGGCACACGGGGGUCCCCGAGAUGCGGACGCGGCCGGGGACUCGGGCGGGAAGUAUGCCUUCCCUGAGGGGCUCUCGCACCACUACGUCCCCUGCAGCCUCCGCAUGAAGCCACUGGUCAUCCUGCACCUGAUCCUGGAAAUGAGGUUUUCCAGGGUCCUCUGCUUUACUAACUCCCGUGAGAACUCUCACAGGCUCUUCCUGCUGGUCCAGGCUGUCGGGGGCGUGGCGGCGGCCGAGUUCUCCUCCCGCUGCGGGCCCGGCCAGAGGAAGGGGGUGCUGAAGCGGUUUGAGCAGGGCAAGAUUCAGCUCCUCAUCAGCACGGACGCCACGGCUCGGGGCAUCGACGUGCAGGGCGUGCAGCUGGUGGUCAACUACGACGCCCCCCAGUACCUGCGCACCUACGUGCACCGGGUCGGGAGAACUGCGCGCGCCGGAAGAACCGGACAGGCCUUCACGCUGCUCCUCAAAGUGCAGGAGAGGAGGUUCCUGCGGAUGCUGGCCGCGGCGGGGGCGCCCGAGCCGGCGCGGCACGACGUCCCUGGGGAGCUCCUGCGCCCGCUGCUCCCGCGCUACGAGGCGGCCUUGUCCCAGCUGGAGCGGGCGGUCCAGGAAGAACGAAGGCAGAAGGAGGCCUAGACGGACUCAGCGGACAGCUGAGCCGAGCCGAGCCCGCCACAGAGCAGCCCCUUCCCCCUGGUGCCACCUCCUUUCUGGGAGAACCCUGAGCACUGGCCACUGGGUAUGUGGACGAAGAACAGAUCUCGGAUUUUCAACGAAGCAGCGGUGGGGAGGGCAUGUGUCCAGCAGCGGCCUGGCCCCGGGCCAGCCGGGACUGUGGAGGACGCUCAGUGCCCUCUGGGCGCGGUGCUCUCAGGAAGCAGGCUUCGUAGGACUGUUCCCACGACCCAGAACUGGCGGGGGGGCGUCGGGGGUUUAGCCUGGAGCCAGUUGUGUCCUCAUGGCCUUCUGGUGCCCGCAGUCCUGCAUCCAAAGGUUGCCCAGGGGCUGGCGUGUGACCUCCGUGGGCUGUUCCUGGCGCUGUCCACACAUGUGUGCCUCUGGGCACGUGGCGCCGGCCUGGACCCGACCACACAUGCGUCCCCGUCGGUCAGCAGUCAGGGGCGAGGCACGCCCAGCAUCCCCGUGCCCCCUUAUGGUGGUAACGGCGCGCUUCCAGAGCGCCAACCCGCUGCUCGUGUGCGUGUGUCCACAGUUCGUGUGCUAAAGUUAAAACCACCGUUUAAAGAGCA